AUGUCCUUCUCCCACCCUCGUCGAAGGACUCCGGUGACUCGCCCGGACUGCGACACCGACAAUGCCCUGUCCCUUAAGAACAGCUCUACCCUCCGUAAGGGUGCGACAUUUCACUCUCCUACUUCAUCAUCUUCGGCUCUAGACAACACAUUUGUCCCUCCCACGCUGCCUCGGGCUCAGUCUCACUUGGAUGAUGUCGUCGAUGCCAACCGUCGACGUGUGGCCCUGGCUCUGAACGACAUCGAUGAGGCUCUAUCCUUGGAUCAGCUCUCACUGUCGCCAAAGUCUAGUAUCAAGACACUUCGAGACACCAGUCUCCCCAUCCCUCGCGGCUUCCUCGAGGGACCUAUCGUCGACCCCAAGAUGACAAAAGAAGAGGAGAGGCGCGUUCUGCGCCCUCGCUCUGUUCGCCAUUCACGGCACCAUGAGUCUGAUAGCGGUUUGGGUACAUCGGUGGCUUCCACAAACGAGAAGCGGGGUGCAGUCACUUCGGCAAAGAAGGAGACAAAGGCGCAAACACGAUCCGCCAUCACAAGAUCCGUUGCCGCAGCAUCGGAAAAGCUUCCCUCUCUGGGGCCCAAGGCUAUUAACCGCAUCCACGAGCACACUUUGCGCCCUUUGUUGGCAAAGCCGACUCUCAAGGAGUUUGAGCCCAUUGUUCUUGACAUCCCGCGACGAAUUCGAUCAAAGGAAAUUAUUUGCUUGCGAGAUCUUGAGAAAACAUUGAUCUUUAUGGCACCGGUAAGUCAGCUUCUGACUGGUUUUGGCGUUUGGGAAAAUACUUAUCGCAAUUUGUGUUUGAAGGAGAAGACCAAGUCAGCAACUUUGUACCUGGAUUUCUGCCUUACGUCCGUCCAAUGCAUUCAAGCGACCGUCGAAUAUCUCAGCGACCGCGAACAAAUUCGACCUGCUGACCGGCCUUACACUAACGGAUACUUCCUCGACCUGAAGGACCAGAUUCUACAAUACGGAAAACAACUUGCCGCAAAGAACAGCGGUGACGAUAUGGAUAUCGACGCGUAUGUACCCAGCUUUGUUCCCUUGGACUAUCCAACUAACUCUCGCCGAAGAUCCGACGAGAUCAAACUCAUCGGUGGUCUCCACGAAGGUCGCCCCGUCGAGCUCGUUCGUGUCCGCAAGGACGGCACGUAUAUCUCUCUGGACACUGGUAAGCCUGUCGAGGUUGACAGCGACUCGCCAAUGCAAGUAAAGCGAUCCCUGAGUCAGCAGCUCGAGGACGAGGAGGAGAUUCAACGAUCCAUGGCUCGCCGCAAGAAGAAUGCUUCACCCGAGGAGCUAGCUCCCAAGAAGUGCCGCGAGCCCGGCUGCAACAAAGAGUUCAAGCGUCCUUGCGAUCUCACCAAGCACGAAAAGACUCACUCUCGCCCUUGGAAGUGCCCUGUCCCAACUUGCAAGUAUCACACCUAUGGAUGGCCCACUGAGAAGGAAAUGGACCGCCACCACAACGACAAGCACUCUGCUGCUCCUGCCAUGUAUGAGUGCAUGUUCAAGCCUUGCCCUUAUAAGUCGAAACGUGAAUCCAACUGCAAGCAGCACAUGGAGAAAGCCCAUGGCUGGACCUACGUUCGAACCAAGACCAACGGAAAGAAGCUGCCAUCAGUUGCUGGCAGCGUUCAGCAACAAACUCCACCUCUGGGUAACAUGUCAACGCCUUCUUCUACCGAAUACAACGGUGUGCCCACUCCACCUCAGAACGACGUGACACAAUUCGUUGGCGACUUCCCUCUCUACCCUAAUGACUCGGACUGGAUGUCAAUCAACAACAUUCCCUCCGAGACACUUCACCUGGAUCUGGGUAUGGAUUCCACCUCGCCUGCUUCGGCUAGUUCCUACGAGCAGUAUGCCCCAUACCAGAAUGGCUCGGCCUUCAUCAUCGAUAACGAGGACCUCUAUGCUGCUCAUAUGCAGCUUCCUGCUCAGCUGCCCACACCUGAGCAGCCUGUCAUGUAUAACUCCAACCUCAAGAUGAUGCAACAGCAGUUGCCUAUGUAUCAGCAACCCCAGCAGCAGAUUCCCAUCCCGACUGUUGCUCCUCACUUUUCGCCAACUGGCCAGGAGACAGCCAUGCUUUACACUCCAAACUCAUUACGGGAUGUUGAUGAAGGUUUUGACGACUCCUUUGCAGGAGACGGCAUGGACUUUCCGCUCUUCCCUAAUGACAAUGGCAAUGGUAUGACCAAGACCAAUGAAUACCAGUCGCUGUUUGGUGAAAUCCCCAGCGCCAACCUGGGCUUCUCCCAGAAUUCCCAGGACAUCUUUCAGAUGAUGGACUGGUCAAACGUUGAUUUGCAGCAGAACCUCGGAGAAUAG